CUCUCAUUUUCAUAAUUCCAUUUUCAGGAUUGUCUCUCAAUCUUUUAUUCUUCUCAUUCACCGGUAAUGGCAAAAGUCUCUGGGAGGAGCAAGAAAACAAUCGUUGACGAUGAAAUCAGCGAUAAAACAGCGUCUGCGUCUGAGUCUGCGUCCAUUGCCUUAACAUCCAAACGCAAACGUAAGUCGCCGCCUCGAAACGCUCCUCUUCAACGCAGCUCCCCUUACAGAGGCGUCACAAGGCAUAGAUGGACUGGGAGAUACGAAGCGCAUUUGUGGGAUAAGAACAGCUGGAACGAUACACAGACCAAGAAAGGACGUCAAGGUUUGUCUACACUUAACACGUAUAUGUUGGUAACAACUAACAAGAAUUUGUUAGAUCUUUUUGGUCUUAGAUUGGAUUCCGAUGAACUCGGAGACUCCUUUUUCUUCGGACCAGACUUUGUCCUUCGACUGUUCUUGAUUUGAUUCUUGAUCUUUUUCAUAUAUUUUUUUAAUUUGGUAUUUUUGAUGAUGGUGAUGUGCAAUGGAUGAUGAAUGCUGACUCAUCAAGUGCAGUUUAUCUAGGGGCUUACGACGAAGAAGAAGCAGCAGCACGUGCCUACGACUUAGCAGCAUUGAAGUACUGGGGACGAGACACACUCUUGAACUUCCCUUUGCCGAGUUAUGACGAAGACGUCAAAGAAAUGGAAGGCCAAUCCAAGGAAGAGUAUAUUGGAUCAUUGAGAAGAAAAAGUAGUGGAUUUUCUCGCGGUGUAUCAAAAUACAGAGGCGUUGCAAGGCAUCACCAUAAUGGGAGAUGGGAAGCUAGAAUUGGAAGGGUGUUUGGUAAUAAAUAUCUAUAUCUUGGAACAUACGCCACGCAAGAAGAAGCAGCAAUCGCCUACGACAUCGCGGCAAUAGAGUACCGUGGACUUAACGCCGUUACCAAUUUCGACGUCAGCCGUUAUCUAAACCCUAACGCCGCCGCGGAUAAAGCCGAUUCCGAUUCUAAGCCCAUUCGAAGCCCUAGUCGCGAGCCCGAAUCGUCGGAUGAUAACAAAUCUCCGAAAUCAGAGGAAGUAAUCGAACCAUCUACAUCGCCGGAAGUGAUUCCAACUCGCCGGAGCUUCCCCGACGAUAUCCAGACGUAUUUUGGGUGUCAAGAUUCCGGCAAGUUAGCGACUGAGGAAGACGUAAUAUUCGAUUGUUUCAAUUCUUAUAUAAAUCCUGGCUUCUAUAACGAGUUUGAUUAUGGACCUUAA